UUUUUUCAAUAAUGCAUUUACACAGUUCACUUUCAGGAUUUAUGAUAGUGUGUCCAUAAUACCUAGCUGCUGAGCCAGUUGGGCAAAAUAUUUCAGAUUGAAACAGCAGUGUUGGCUGCUGGAUGUUUAUAUUCCUUAUGGCCAAAUCUGUUUCAACACAUCUCAAGUCACAGCUACACUCAUUGAAAUUAUAUUUACAAAAUAUUAAUUUAUAAAAAACUUGGGUAUUUCAUUUUAAAUGAAUUGCACUGGGAUGGUGGAUUUGUUUAAAAGCCGUCAGAAAUCACUGCAUGAUGAGACGCCAAUUUUGGUGCAUCAAUUUUGUAGUGAUAUUAUGGGUGGUUUUCAUCAUUGUCAUGUUGUCAAAGCAGCCUGCUAUGUUAAUCCAAUCAUCAGCUGACAGUCCAGAACUCCAAAAGACAGCACUCCAAGUUGAUAGUCAGCUGAAACGCCUUGAAGCAGAGGUGGCACAGCAAUCAAAAUUCUACCAGCAAGUUCUGCAGAAGCUCUAUCAAAUUUCAGCUACUCAACAGGAACAGGAAGAGACCACAAUACCAGUGCUGGUGAUAGCUUGCAACAGGGAGGCUGCAAUCCGUCGCUCCUUAGAUCUUCUCCUGAAAUAUCGCCCAAGUCAAUCUCGUUUCCCUAUUAUUGUGUCACAGGACUGUGGCCACCAACCAACCAAGCAAAUAAUUUUAUCAUAUGGUAAUGAAGUCUCCCUAAUUGAGCAACCAGACUUGUCAGUAAUUGAUGUGCCAGUAAAAGAAAAGAAGUUCAAAGGAUACUUCUACAUUGCUCGACACUAUAAAUGGGCAUUGGACCACAUUUUUCUUGAGGCUGGUCAUCAGACUGUCAUCAUUGUUGAAGAUGAUCUUGACAUCUCACCUGACUUCUUCAAUUACUUCUCAGCUACACACUCUUUACUUCGCACUGAUCCAACCCUCUGGUGUGUCUCUGCCUGGAAUGAUAACGGCAAAGGAUCUCUUGUGGAUAUCAACAAUGGGGCUCAUCUUUUGUACCGCACGGACUUUUUCCCUGGUCUUGGGUGGAUGUUGACCAGAAGCCUGUGGGAGGAGUUGUCUCCUAAAUGGCCCAAGUCUUACUGGGACGACUGGAUGAGAGCACCAGAGCAGCGCAAGGACAGAGCCUGCAUCAGACCCGAGAUCUCUCGGACUAAAACCUUUGGCAAGAAGGGUGUCUCCAAUGGCCUGUUCUUUGAGAAGCAUCUGAAGUUCAUCCACCUGAACGAGCAACCCGUGCCCUUCACUUCCAUGAACUUGACCUUCUUGUUGAAGAGCGAGUACGACGCUGCAUUUGAGCGGCGUGUGCAGGCGGCCGAGGUGGUGUCGCUUGCUCAGGCCAAGUCGGGGCAGCUGCCCGAGGCUGGCGAGUACAGACUCCUCUACCACACCAAGGACGUCUUCAAGAAGACUACCAAAGCCCUUGGACUCAUGGAUGACUUUAAAGCUGGAGUACCUAGGACGGGUUACAGAGGAGUCGUGACCUUCAUGUACCUGAACCGCCGUUUCUUCCUCGCGCCCAAUAACAACUGGAAAGGAUAUGAUCCCACCUGGAGCUAGUCACUUCGCCCUCUCUCAAGACUGAUGUUUUUUGCAUCAUAUUUACACGCACUUGUGCCUCUCAUAGUGUUCUGCAUUCAGCGUGAAAGCAUUCCAAGGAUUUCGGUUGUUGGUGGUUCGGAAGAUUCACAAUUUAUUUCAUUCAAGUGCCAAGCCUUGUGAAAUUACUUUGUAGCUACAAAAAUUUCUUGAAUGAAAAAUACUAAGAAGAAAAAAUGUGAGUUAAUGUAUCAAUAGAAACUCUGUGAUAUUUUAUUUGGGAAAUAAGUGUUACUGUUGCACAGCAUCGCUACAGCUUCUUAUCUUAACAGUGACGUCGGGAACAUCAAGUUGGCCCACUGUCGUAGGAUCUGUGUUAGUGCGUUGUCAAAUUUGAAGGCAUUCGUACCUACAUGGAAGAAUAGUUCUGUGAGUUACUAGUACUAACGAUUUAUGAAGUAGAAGACAUUUUUUCUUAUGCCUACAGAAAAAGGCAAGAAUUUAUCUGUCGAGACUUUUACAGAAGAGGGCGUGAAUCGGUCCAGUAUUAUUAUGACUCUCGAACUAUAAGGGUCUUUUCUCGUAGACGAAGUAGGUUAAUAAUAUAAACGAUUUGAAACUAUGUGCAUUACUGUCAAAUUUCCAGAGAGUAUUGGCUUAGCGGCAAAGUGAAGCUCAAUGAGAACUACUUAAAACGGUGUGAAUUUAGAGAUCGCAACAUCAUUGGUUUUGUGGCAUGGUAAUGCAACCUCGAAUUCCUCUGUUGGAUCUCGAGUGUGUGAAUUCAGUGCUCCCGAUCCUAAUGUAAAUGGAAGUGCAAUGCUUAAUGCUCUUAAUACUUGAUCACAAUUGAUCAGACUUAAUACUACUUUUUUUAAAUAUGACUGAAAGUAGGUUGCGAUUGAAAUGUGUAGGUUGGAUUCCGAAUGCAGGAUUUUGUUGCUGGAAGAUCGUCGGUGAAAAUGUCUCGUUUGUUUCCUCUCAAUGAACAGUUGAGGUUCGUUGUCCAGUUGUCAGUCGAAUAUGCUCCUUUCGUAUUUGGACUCACGAAGAGUUGUUGGAAUUUGCUUGUCUUCAUUUCUUGGCUGCAUUGAAACUUAUAAUCGAAAAAAAUUGAGACGGUUUUCUUGGGGCUGCCUUAUCGGCGAAAAAGUAAUAAACAGAUUGUUCUCAGCACGUCGCGUGUUACUUUUUGUUAACGCUUUAGAAAAUUUCUUCACGUCAUGUGGAGUUGAUUCUCCAAAAUCAACUUGAAAAAUCAUUUGUUUUUCACAUUUUGUGGAUAUUUGCUCCCGAGGUGCGGAUAACUUUCACUCUUUUGCGUGCAAGUGAUCAUUGUGGCAACUUAAAUUUCCUCGCGUCAUGUUCGAGACAACGUUUGGGCGCUUUUGCUAGCUCCAAUCAUCUGUUAGUCUCACCAUACAAUGCAUCACCUCACGAAAUCGGAAGGUCUCAUGAUAUUUUUUGCUGUCCAGGUAACGAAAUUGACGUGUUUCCACUUUUUCUUUUCACAUAGAUUGCAAUAUUUUACUAUGAAGUGGUGGGAUUUUAGUAAUAUUCAAUAUCGAUACGUACUGCUAGAUAGUACUCUUCCUUUAUACCGAUGGUUAUUUUGUAAUGAAAUAUUAUUGUUCACCAUAGUAACUGUAAGAUAAAUCAAUUGCUAUGUUUCUCAAAAUUAAACAUUUUUGAGUAAAUUUAUCUGAAAAUCCGCUUUACAUUUUAGUUGGAAAACCAGAAAUUUAAAUGUAUUUUGUUUUCCUGUGCCCAAGGCUACUGGAGAAUUAGUCAUACUCUUCCUUUUUCCCUAGUUUUCAUUUGUACGAUUUUGUUAUGUUCGUGACAUUGACUGUUGACACUUUUUUUAUGAAAAGUUUAGAUUUUAUCCAAAAUACUUCAUGCUAACCUUAAUCCCUCUUGUGGAUUUCGAUCGGGUUGAUUUCCGCCCACCUUUCAUUUGCGCGCCUCUUCUCGAUAGGUAAACAGAACGAGAACCGCUUCGUUUGACACUCCAAAUAAUGCUACAUACUACGUUGAAAUACUGCGACUGUGCUGCUGUUUAAACCUGUAUAAUUUUAUUUGCAAACUUUUUUGUUAUCCUUGAAUAUAUGUUUAAUAGAUUUUUAUUAAUUUAACAUUUAAUGUUACUUUUCUUGGUACUUUGAGCUUGUCAAGUGACUGACUCGUCGUAUUAAUUGCCUACUUCUCGACCUAACCACACCUCAUGUAAUUACGGUUUGGGCACUUAUCACCUGUUCAAAGUUAGAAACCAACAUACUAAGCAGUUGUCAGUAGCUUGGUGGACAAAACUGCGAAUUCAUCGGGCAUUUCUUGAUGUAAGCAUUCCUCCUGUAAUCUUGACAGUCGUGAAGUCCUCAUAUUAAUAUCUAAAAAUGAAUUUUUAUUCAGUGUGUGUUUUUGAGUGGCUUUGAUAAAUGGUGUAGAUAAAGGGGACAAGGUUGUUCAUGAACGAUCAGUUAACUCCUUUUCUUUGCGUGUUACUUAGUCAUCCUGUAUUUCGUCAUAUUUUACUGCAUUUCAAAGUAUUUACUCGUGUGUUGAUUUCAAAGAAACUGGCUCUCAGACGACCAUUAAUUUAUUUUCAUUCUCUAGCCCGAAUUUCAUGCACGUUUUACUAUUUUCGUAUGUAGAGGAAUUGUAAGCUCGUUUGCCACGCACAAUGGGCACGAAUGGCACCUUGUUUGUUAAUCAGUAAAGAGUUACGUGAAACUUGCGUGGUCAGUCGCAUAGCAGCUGAUCGAUUUUAAAGGCCAGUAAAGAAGCUGUGGACGCUGUGAGCAGCGCAGCCUGGGAUGUGUAUUGUAUUACGGAUGAAUGCUUGUGACGCCGUCUCAAUGGCAUGCAGGUAUGAUUGUCAUCGAAUACUAAGGAUACCUUAAUUUAAACGAUGUUCACGGUACGCAUUUGAAUUGUAAAGCACCUGAAUCUUGAAUAAGUAAAUGCGGGUUCAGCACUGCUUAG